GGCAGACUUCUAGAAAAUGUCAUUACUACUGAACCCGACAUCGGCGGAUGUUAGGUAAUCCCUCGGCCAAGUUUCGGACUUGAAACAAGAUGCAAAGGGCUGGCUUUCGGCAGAUACUACCGACCAUACCGGAAGGAUGAAGUCUUGAAGGUCUUUGCAGUUCGCCGAUGCUUAUCGAUGCUUCGGUUCGGCUCGGCUGUAUGUAUGAUUGAAGACUUCCGCGCCGUGACAUCGGGACUCUCCAGUUGGCUCACCUCUGGGCCGCAAGGUGAUUGCGGGCUUUUUCUGCCGCGAUUCAACCUCAGCUCCGCUCCACUUCUCUCUCCUUCCCCCUACUUCGCCGCAUGCAAUUCGCCUCUGCUUCCCCUUGGGUGCAAGCAUGAUCUGAAACCACUGGUCUCUUCAAUUCGAUAAACCUUUCCCCGCCCUUUCUUUCGACCGUUCCUCGACAACCAUCUCCAUGGCCCGCUCCGCCAUCGUGCAAGAGUACGCCCCUCCGACCUCCGCUCCCACGCUUUCCGUUGAUCGCAAAGUCACCCACGAACGCCAGCAAAAUGGCGUCGCUCGUCCUCAAGGUUACCGCGUUUCCUGGCAUGCGAACCCGGCCGUCGAACUGCACCAUUUCGGCCAGUCACAUCCGAUGAAGCCCUGGCGGCUCACUCUGACCAAGCAGCUCGUGAUGGCGUACGGCAUGCACCAUGCGAUGGACCUAUACCUGGCGCGCAAGGCCACUUACGAGGAGAUGGAGGAGUUCCAUACGACAGACUAUCUCGACUUUCUCCGUCAAGUCAACCCGGGAGAUAUGGAGAACUCCGAACAGAGCGAGAACAUCGCGCGAUUCAAUUUUGGCGACGACUGCCCCAUCUUCGACGGCCUGUACAACUACUGCGCGCUCUACGCUGGUGGCACGAUCGACGCGGCCCGCAAACUCUGCAAUAACCAGUCGGAGAUCGCGAUCAAUUGGUCAGGAGGCCUGCAUCAUGCCAAAAAAUCCGAAGCCAGCGGCUUUUGCUACGUGAACGACAUCGUGCUCGGAAUCCUGCAGCUCCUCCGCCUCCACCCGCGCGUCAUGUACAUCGACAUCGACGUCCACCACGGCGAUGGCGUCGAGCAGGCCUUCUGGUCCACGGACCGCGUCCUAACCGUCUCCUUCCACAAAUAUGACAAGGACAACUUCUUCCCCGGCACCGGCGCGCUCGACAGCACGGGUCCCACGCACCCGCUCAACCCGGGCGCGCACCACUCGAUCAAUGUGCCCCUGCACGACGGCAUCGACGACGACAGCUACAUCCAGCUUUUCCGGGACGUGAUCGGCUCGUGCAUGGAUGUGUACCGGCCCGGCGCGAUCGUGCUGCAGUGCGGGGCCGACUCGCUGGGCUGCGACCGGCUGGGCUGCUUCAACCUCAACGUCUCGGCGCACGGCGCGUGCGUCGCCUUCGUCAAGACCUUCAACCUGCCGCUCCUGGUCGUCGGCGGCGGCGGCUACACGCCGCGCAACGUGUCGCGCGCCUGGGCCCACGAGACGUCGAUCCUGCUCGACGCCCAGGACGUCAUCGACCCCAACAUCCCCGACACCGUCACCUUCCGCAACCACUUCGGCCCGGACUUCUCGCUGUUCCCGCCGCUGUCGGAAAUGCGCAAGCUCGAGAAUAAGAACCCUCGCUCCUACCUGGCCGGCCUGCUACAGUCCGUCCGCGAGCAGCUCCGCUACAUCGAGGGCGCCCCCAGCGUGCAGAUGAGCUUCAUCCCCCCGGAUAUUCUGGGCCUGCGCGAGGAUACCGAGAAGGAUAUUGAGGAGGAGACGGCGCUGAUGGAGGAGGAGCGGGAGGACCGCGCCGGCGGCGGCAGUCUGAACAAGGCCAGUCGACGGAGGGAGUUGGAACGUGCGGCGGGACAACGCGGGGAGUCGUAUUAGUGCUUGUAUGGGUCAAAAUCGGGUUGCCGCUGAUAGGUGGGUGGCUGUCUUUUUAUUGACUGCCCACGUGUAUUAAGUUGGGGUUAUUGGAUGUUUUUCU